GCGCCGUGCGCGUCGUCGUCGUCAAGAAGCGCGCGAACGAGGACGCGUCGCGGUCGCGGUCUCGGUCUCGGUCGCGGUCGCCGCGUCGCGGAGACGCCGCGAAGAACGCGAAGAAGAAGAGAGAGCCCGCUCCCCCGUGCGACGUCUGCGGCGAAAUCGGUCACUUCAAACGCGACUGCCCGAAGACGCUGGAGUCCAAACACUGCAUGGUAUGCGGGAAGAAAGGCCACCGACCGAUGAAGUGCCCCGAGCGCGUCUCGGAGGCGACGCUCAAAGCGGGCGCGUGCGUCAAGUGCGGCGAGCUCGGGCACCGGCUCGCGAGAUGUCCGAGCCGGAUCCCGGAUCCGGACGCGCCGCCGGAAAAGUGCGCGCAGUGCGGCGAGGAAGGCCACGAGCGCGUCGAGUGCCCGGCGUUCAUCGCGAGCUUGUUUUGUUUCAUCUGCGGCGAGACGGGGCACAAGCGCGUCGACUGCGCGAAGAAGAUUCCGGACGACGACUUGAAAGACGGCGCGUGCUUCGUGUGCGGCGAGGACGGGCACGCCGCGCAUAAAUGCGAGAAGCGUCACUUCGCGCACGGCAUCGGCGGCGGCGGCGGCGGCGGCGGAGGAGGAGGAGGAGGAGGACGCGGACGCGGCGGACGAUCC